AUGGUUCGAGUCAAACACAGGUACAUACUGGUGCAAAUACGAUGCAAUGAUCGACCAGCCAGUGAACCGGUAUCGAUUUCAUCUCAUGCCCUGUUUUUGUACAUCAGCGAACAGGUGGAACGAUAUUACGGAGAGUUUGGAAGUGCGAGCAUGCUGCGACUGAAUGUAAUCUACUUCAAUGCCAAAACUCACCUUUGCAUCAUACAAACGAGACAUGGUCCACACCGUUUUAUUACCAGCAUUCUGCCAUUGCUAACUAUCGCCGGCUCCGAAGUUGCUCGCUAUCGCACGCUCUAUGUGGGAGCUACCCUGAAGCAGUGUCAUAAGUUUAUUGUAAAAUAUCAGCAGCGGUACAUUAACAAGACUGUCGGCGAAUAUCGAGGUGUGGUGCAGAAACAGAAGCUGAUCGAGGAUGUUACCAAAAUGAAGAAACUGUAG